ACAAAGUGAAAGAACUGCUUUUAAAUUUUUCUAUUACUGUAAAGUGAAUAAGCUAAAUACAAAAGAAAAAAUGUCAUCUCUACCAUUGAUCUUGAGCUUGGCUGAUGAUUUGAGCCGCUUGACACCAUUCUACGAACCAGUGUUCUACACUCGUUGGCCCGCCGUUACCACCUCACCCGGAGGCCGCUUGCGCAAAUUGGAUAAAGAUUUACCCGUAGCAACUGUGGGAAAAGAUGGCUUCCAAGCCAGUAUGGAUGUACAGCAAUUCAAGCCCAGUGAGUUGAGUGUGAAAGUGGUCGAUGAUCACAUCGUGGUCGAGGGUAAACAUGAGGAGCGUGAAGAUGAUCAUGGUUACAUUGCACGACACUUUGUUCGUCGCUAUGCUUUGCCAAAAGGAUUUCAGGCCGAUAAAGUGGUUUCCACACUGUCUUCGGAUGGCGUGUUAACAGUUAGUGUACCAAAGCCUGCCAUCGAAGAUAAGUCCAACGAACGUGUGAUCCAAAUUCAACAAACUGGACCAGCUCAUUUGAAUGUAAAGGACAAUUCUGAGGAAACUACCAAAGAAGAAAAGUCCAAGCUAUAAAGUUACAGUUCCUGAUUAAUUUAUUAAGAGAAGAAAAGUCUGUUUAUAAUUUAAGUUUGUAAAUAAAUUUGACUAAAUAAUUUGAAACUUAGAAA